AUGGAUGAUUUCUCUAUGUUUGUCCCCUCUUUUGAUCUUUGUUUGAAAAAUUUGGACACUGUGCUGAAGCGGUGUGUGGACACAAAUCUGGUUCUGAAUUGGGAGAAAUGUCAUUUUAUGGUGACCGAAGGUAUUGUUCUGGGACACAAAAUUUCUUCCAAAGGCAUUGAGGUUGACAAAGAAAAGGUAGAAGUCAUUGAAAAGCUUCCACCACCAGUUAAUGUCAAAGGAAUCAGAAGCUUUCU